UCUUCGGGCCCGUGGGAAAAAUCAGGUGGAGGAGUUAGAUGCGAUUGUGGAAUCUACGCAGAGGCAGGUGGGGGAAUUAAAAAAGGAAUCUGAGCAGCAACAGGGACUAAGGCUACUGCAACUUUCGCCAGAUGGACACCGCUUCACCGAACAAGAAGUUAGAGAUUUGAAAGCUUGGAAAGUCAGAAAACUUGGAGCUAUGAGAAACACACUCCCACUUAGCGACCACGGCAUUGAUUCUGCUCGUGUGGAAGCUGCCCUGCAGAAAGCAAAUGAUAGACUCGGGGCGAUUCGAGCUAAUGAACAAGUAUAUGAGGGUGGAAUGGCGCUGGCGCGUGUAUCUAAGUUAAGCGACUACAUAAAAAAAGUCGAGGAAGAAGAGACCAUACUUUUCAACGGGAUCAUCGGACAACGGCAAACUGGCGUCGCUUUGGCCCAUACUACCAGUAAGGAGACGGUGGACAAAAUGAAUGAGAUCCUGAUAAGCGUGAAACAACAGCAAGGCCUCGACGAAAAUGGAGUAGUAGAACUGUUGUCCGAGGCGAAGAGUCAACUUGAAAAGAUGAAGGAGGAGGUAAAAACGGAGAGCGAUCGCGUAUUUGAUGAGAACGACGAAGUCGAAGUUCUUCGACAAGUACUGGACAAUGACCGCGACCUUAAAGUGCAAGCAAAGGCUCUUGCGGAGCUCUACUUUCAGUGCGUGAGUGAGUCGAAGAAGCUUGCGGAUGACGCUGAGGAAGAGCUGCUCAGACAAAUUUCUAGAGCUGCGGCAUCCCGACGUGACAUCGAACCACAUCCAGAAGUAGUGGCUUGAAUAGUCAAAAGUAGUCAAUACUCGUACAUCAAGGGGAACAACUUUUAACUAUUAUUAUUAGCUUGAAGAAGAAGAUUCUUGAAGAUCCUUAAGUUGUUCUUGUUACAACUUGAAGAAAACCUAAACUACACCGAAAACGAAAUCUCUUGCAUUUUAACUCAAAAGCAAAUACUGUGUAGAACAAACCUUCACGACAGGUUUACUUGUUUUGGCGUUUUGACAGAGGUGUGAGUAGAAGAAAAACGAAUGAGUAGAACGAAGAAACCUUCCUGACAGAUUUACUUAUUUUAUUAAGGCUCAACUUUCAUUGGUCAUUGGGGUUAGUCACUGAGAUCGCAGAGGGGCUCUCCCUAGAGAACAGGGGAAAAUGAAGGGAAAAGGGGAGAGAUUUGAAGAUGGUCUCUCCCGGUCAGAGUCGGUGACCAAUGAGCACACACAUGACAUUUACUUGUUUUGGCGUUUUGGAAUUGGAUUUACCUAUGAAAUGAUCUUCGGAUAACGAUAUGCUCAGCCUAUUGUUUGCCUCGGUUUUUUUAUCCUCAUGAAAAAGAUCUGUCCUCUUUUGAAAGCCAACGGAGGCUGCUAAAAGAGACUGUCUCUGAAGUGUUUUGCUGGUAUCCUGCCUGAGAUACAUUCUUGUGAACUUCUGCUGCGACGUAAGAAGUCAGGUCGUGGGCAGGGAUUUUAAAAGAAAGACUACUGCUUGCUCGUG